UCUCUCUUCCUCUCUGUCUUUCUCUACUGUAUCUCUUCCUCUCUCAUAUCCCCCCCUUUCUCUCUUCUCUCUCUCUGAUUUCUGCAUUAAUCGAUGGCUAACACAGUACAACACUCCACUUUUGCUCAGAAGGAUGAGAAAAGUAAAAAGUCCACAAUAAACCACAACCUAUCCCACGGUGGUCUCUUCCUCCUGCUUCCCUCUUCCAAGUCCACAGCUGUUUUCCUGCUCACUCCCCUAUCCCCCCCAAGAGACCUGUCCAUAUGUGUUGGAGAUGUCUGGUGGACACGCAGAUCUUUGGAGCCUUUCGCCAUUCUCUGGGACAUUUUCCUCCGCGUUUCUUCGCCUCCGUCCCUGGGACUCGUAAGACCGUUGGAUGAUCCCGAAGACUGAGGAAGUUUUUGUAUCCUUCCCAGGAACACAACUACAACACAGAUAGCUCAGAGCCAGGAGAAGUCUGGGAAGGCAGCCAAGGAAUUCCUGGUGCCAGACGUCACUGGGAUCUUGUAGAAGAAUGAGAUUCCUCGUGUGUACAAGCUUCCUCCUCUCCCUGAUAUUCGGGAUUCUGAAGACACACGCAGCCCCCAGCUGUCCUCUAACUAUGAACAGCAAUGCCUUUGACGACCAGUAUGAAGGUUGCCAACAGGAAAUGGACAAUGCAAUCAAAUCCUACCUACUUGAGGAGGAAAAAGACGCUAACCCUGAUUUUGCUCAUGCCUGGGAUUUCGCAAUGGAGGCAUGGGACGAAAACAAAGAGUAUCUAACUGAAGAAAUCCCUCAUGGCUUCCGGGAUGAGUAUGGAGUUGCUAUUAUCAUUUACUCCAACGACACAGUUUAUUCCGAUUUUAACGAAGCCGUGAGGAAUUAUGACCGGGAAUAUUUCAACUAUCAUUCCUUGCAUUUCUUCAUGACCCGAGCCAUGAACCUCCUGAAAGUGGACUGUCCAUCGUCUGUGUAUAGAGGGGUGAACAGGGUGCGUCUGUUACCUGAGCAUGUGGGGGAGAGAAUCCGCUUUGGACAGUUCACCUCUUCCUCCAGGAAUCAAACAGUGGCAGAGAACUUUGGGAUGGGGACUUUCUUCAACAUAAGCACCUGCUUUGGGGCAGACAUACACAACUUCUCCUCCUAUCCAGGGGAAGAGGAGGUUCUUAUACCGGUAGACGAGGUGUUCGAAGUGACGCACUUUACCAGGGAUGAUGGCGAAAGCAGAUUCGUGCUUAAAACGACGAAAGACAGAUGUCAUUACUACAACUGUGACUUCUUAAGAAAAGGGGGGAAAUCCAACACAUGUGUGUAUAGCAGAGGUACAAAGGAAUUGUUUUCAUCAGCAGUGAUAGCGCUCUCCAUUUCUGUACUGAUCUUCAUCAUGAAGGACAUAACUGAGUGUUAAGAAGAUGAUAAACCCAAUGACCUCCCCACUGUUAUACACUGUGAAGCAAUAUGGACAGAUUCUCCUCCAGGAGAUGA